AUGAAUUUUACCGAUUUGAUUAAAAGUGUUUUAUGCGAAAAAUCUCAAGAAAAAUCUCUUUCUGAUGAUUUUUUGUGCGAAUAUUGUAAAGGAUUAUUAAAAGAAGAUGAUUCUGAAAAUAAUUUCCAAAAAAAUGAAUUCACGAUUCAUCUUUAUGAAUGCAUUUCAGAUUGUUUAAAAGUUAAAGAUAAAUCUUCACGCUUUAGUAAAGGAAUUCUUGAAAGACCAUUUUAUUUGGCACUAAUUGAAAUGUUGACAAAUUGUUUUGGGAAUGGAGGAAAAUUUCCUGAUAACGUUAAAAAAAGUAAAGUUUUUAUGCUAGAAAAUAUAAAUUUAACACGAUUAGAAGAUAUUGAAAAUGAGAUGAAAAAAUUAAUUGAUUUGUGGAAUGGAUUUCCAAUUAUAUUUCAAAAUUCUCAUAAAUCGAUGAUCAAAGAAUUUUUAUUUGGUUUUUUAAAUUUUGAAGAUUUAAACACUUUCUUGGGGUUAAAGACAACUUUUAAAUCAUCAUCACACCUUCCACCAUCAUUUAACGAGUGUGUUGAGUCAUUUACAAGGGUUUAUAUUAAAAAAAAUCAAAAAAAGAAUCCCAGGAAUCCUAAUAGUAGUAAUAUAUUAACAAUUGGUGGUAAAGCAUUAUCAAAACAUUCUCAUCGUGACAAAUCAACUUUAUUUUGGGGAGUUUGUACUGGAAGUUACAAAAAAAAUGAACAAGCAAAUCAUGUUUUAGCUAAAAUUAUAACAAAUGCAUCUUGGGUGAAUUUACAUUCACUUCCACACGAUAUACUUGUAUAUGAAAUACGUAAUGAUUUAGGGUAUGAACCACAGAUGGAAAAUGGACAUGCAAAUAAAUGGAUUCAUUAA